AUGGGGGCCGGGGGGUCCUCAGCUGCCUUGCCUACCAGGCCGGGCCAAGUUGUUCGAGAUGCACCCAGCUACACUGACAUCGCUGAGCAGUUUGGGGCAUUUGCUGCAGGAACAGGGACGCUACGAGGAGGCCGAGCAGUUGCUCCGCAAAUCAUUGGAGGGCCGCCGUGCCAAGCUCGGCAAGACACAUCCAGAGACACUGGAUUCGAUGAACAAUGUGGCAAAGGCCCAGGGACCGAAUCGCUCUACCGCGAAGAGCUGGAGAGUUGCCGGACCGCAUUGGGCGAGACGCACCCAGACAUGCUGUCAUCGAUGAACAACUUGGGGCGUUUGCUGCAGGAACAGGGAUGCUAUGAGGAGGCCGAGCAGCUGCUGCGCAAUGCUGCGCAGGUCAUCUUAGAGGGUCGCCGGACCAAGUUGGGCGAGAUGCACCCGGAGACACUGACGUCGAUGCACAGUUUGGGGAGUUUGCUGCAGGAAAGAGGACACUUGGAGGAGGAACGCGGCAGCGAGGGGUAA